CAUGGUAUGUACAUAUGGUGGUGUAUCGGUGAUAUAAAUCAUACGUUAAAGAGCAGUGAUUCCAAACCUUGGUGGAACCCCUCCCAUGAAUUUUCAUUUUCCAAGGCACCCUUGUUAAUAGUGUUCUAAUGCAAGAUAUGAUCGUCUGUUUUUUUUAAAGUUAUUAAGCAAUGUAUACUGAGUUUGGAAUUCAAGAUUGCAUCAAAUGAGCUAAUAUGAUAGACUUGGUGAAAAGUCAUACUGUAAUAGCACAGGAUUAUUUUACGAUUUUUUGGAGAACCCUUGGUGAUGGUCGCCGGAAGCCCCCAGGGUUCUACGAGCUCCUAGUUGGUGAUCUAAGUUAUAGAGUGUUGAUUGUCUGUGUUUUUAUUAUUAAACUGUUUUUUUUGUGGCUGCACUGUGUGGCUGCUUGGUGCUGUGACGGCCAGGAUAACAGUACCUGGGUUUGCACCAAACGAGAGGGAAGGCUCGCUAUGAGGCUCUGCUCAUAGGGGUCGUGCAAGCAACGUCGUGGUUAACUGCAUGGUGUGGUGUAGUCAACUGACGUGUCAAACGCAUAAGCCGGAGUAGUUAUGCAAAGCGUAAGUGGUAGUUCCCAUUUUGUUUUGCUUAAUAUAUUAUCAUCUACUUACUUUGUUUUUGCUUGUUAGUUAUUGUUUGACGGCAACAUUAUUGACACAUACGUGGAGCACUUCAAAUCAAGGUAUAUCCACAACUUUCUAUGUACGUACUACCCUAACACCAUUCGAUGAACUUUUCAGAGAACAUGUGUAUGAUUUCUUUGGAAAUCUAAAAACAUGGUUUAUGACGAUGGAUGAGGGCGAUGUAAUAUCAGGAGGUGAUGAUUUGUCUGGUGAUCUCAGCACAGACAAGAUUGCAUCAAAUAGUCAAGACCAUCCAGCAAUCCAGUCACUGUCGUCAGGUCAGGAAAGCAAUGAAUUAUCAGACAAUCAAAACACUAAAUCUGCGCCUGAUGAAAUGCUGUGUUCCUUACACAUCAAGAGCAGUGAUAAGUAUCAAGAUUUUGGUAGAGUCAUUUGCUUCAAAGAUGACAAGUUGGCAAAAUGCAAGGAAAUAUUAAUGCUACGAAAACAAAAAAACUUGAAAUAUGCUGACAUAUCCCUGCCAACUGUAGUAGACAGUAUCCAUGGUUAUCACCACAAGUGCUAUAGGAAAUUUACAGCAUUACCAAAGGCUCACAGAUCUGCAACCAAACCUUCGUGUCACAUGAGCCAAGAAAAUCCUUCAUGUCACAUGAGCCAAGAAAAACAAUCACUAAGCUUGAACGAAUCGGCAGCAACAUCGAAAGAGGGCACAUGUGAUUUCCAGCCGAUGUGCUUGUUUUGUGGAUCGGCUAGAAAAAAAAAUAAAAACGUGGAGCAAAAAUUAGUUUCAGCUGAGACAGCCCAGUUUGCUGGAAACAUUCAAGAAUAUGCUGAAAUGAAAGGGGAUGAAAAAUUGUUAACACAGAUAAGAGACCAGGAUUUUGUUGCAAAAGGAUUGAGGUACCACGCCAACUGUCGCUCACUGUACCAGAGUCAAGCAAGGGCAAUGUCCAAAAAUGGAAAUCAACCAAGGACAGGGUACAUAAGCAGAGAGAAAGAAGUUCAUAGAGAGGCUUUUGACUCAUUGAUAUCUUACAUUGAACAGAAUGUAAUUGAGAAGCGCGAGGUGCAUUUGUUAACUGACCUGAACACCUAUUAUACAGCCACUGUUCAUGAAAUAGGUGGUGAGGACUUUCAACAUGCAACCCCAACAGCACAAAAGCUGGAUGAAAAAUUAACCAAACAUUUUGGUGAGAGGAUCGUGGUUCAAAAGGGAAACACAAAACGUGGAAGUAUUGUCCAUUCGUCUGAGAUGUCAAAAGAAGAAGCACUUGCUUUCAAAUUUGAUAAACUCAUGGAUAUUAAAAUGAAAAUCAGAGAUGCAGCAUUGGUACUUCGUGAAGCCAUCAUGAAAGCCCCACAAAAGCAAAUACCUUCAAGUCCGACCAUGCAAGAUAUAAUUGGUGGGAAGUUGAUGUCCCGAGUGAAAUCAAACUCUCCGAACACAUCGAUGUCACCAUAA